AUAAAAGAUGACAAGGUGGUUAGAUUGAUAAUGAAAUGAAGGAAAGAGAAGAUAGUUUGUAAAGUAAGAAGAGGAUGAAAAUUGAAGGAGGAUUGAAAGGAGGGAGGCAGGUUUGUGUUGGAUGGACAAAAUGGAAAAGUAGAUUGUAUUAAAAACCAUUUAACUGCAAAGUUGAUCCUUUCAAAUUAAUUGUUGAAGUUGUACGGUUAACAUCAACAACAAUUUUCACUUUUUUAACCAACCUUUUUUAAUAUUGCUAAGAGUUUAUUUUAAAGAACCGUCAAGACAACCUUUAUAUUUGUUUAAAUUAACCAGAGACAUUAAGAGACUGGAAAAGGAACAAUUUUCAUUGGUUGAAGCAAAAACAAAAGAGUUACCGAGAUAACGACCGUUAAGUGAAGCUGGUGGGAAAAUUGUGUCUCCUUUUUGUGUUUGACUUUUUCCUUCAUUUUUUUAUAUUCGCCAAUUUAAUUUGACCAUUUAGUGUUUAUAAUUGUGAACUGUGAACUGUGUUAAGCGGUUUUAAUCAACACUACCACUGAUGUAUCAAUUGUUGUGUUACAUUUAUCCAUUAAUUAUUUGCGGUUGGGACCCUCCACAAGUAUCAACCAGAUGGAGUCGACUUGAAGGAAUCAAAGAGGAAUUCCAGGGAAAGCGUAUCAACACCUUUUUGGGUAUUCCAUAUGCAGAGCCACCACUUGGAAAUUUAAGAUUCCGUCCACCAUCGCCAUUGAAUAGUUUCAAUUUCUUUCAGUAUUAUGCGGGCAACUAUAGAAGUACCUGUUUAGAUCGUCCAUACAAUGCCAAGUCAAAGGGAACUGAAUUUAUUGAUGAAAGUGAAGACUGUUUAUAUUUAAAUAUUUGGUCACCAGAGGAUUCAAUGAGCUCUCCAGGACCAGCUAAAUCAGCCAAAUUACGUUCAGUUUUGGUAUAUUUGAAUCAUGAAGCAACGGACAUCAGGCUAAUCAAUGGUAAAAUGUUGGCCAGUUUAGGAGAUGUUGUUGUUGUUACUUUCAACUAUCGAUCGGGUUCAUUUAGUCGCAUUCAAGAUGGCGAUAAUGAUUCGUCGGAGAAGGCAAUCUAUCAUGACACAAAAGCUGCUCUUGAUUGGAUUAGAGAAAAUAUUCAAUUGUUUGGUGGCAAUUCAAGAUCAAUUACAGUUCUUGCUGAAGGAUGGGAAGCAGUUAAGACUGGACUCGCUUUGGAAGGUAAACAUUUUGAUAAAUUAAUAAUCACAAAGGGUCCAUUGGAUUCAAAUGAUAUUGAAUCUCCAAUUGAUAUCAAAUCAAUUGGCUUGAAAAGUGAAUCAAUUGGCUGUGUUGUCCCAUCUAAACUUAACAUCAACUCUUCAUCGAUAUCAUCACCAGCGCAAUCUUCUGAUUCAUCACCCAUUUCCUCAUACAAUGAAAUUAUUGAGUGUUUAAAGAAAGUUAACAACAAAACAAUGAUAGCUGAUUACUGUCCCAAUGUUUGUACGUUUGGAAAAUUUUGUCAUAAUCUAAUAUCUGUUACCUCUUAAUGAACAAUCAUCUUUGAUUAGACAAUUUAAAAUAAACAAUACAAUUUUAUUUUUGAAAGCGCUGCCUUUUCUGGUACACCUGUUCAUUACCAAUCACACUUAGACGGACUUGAUUGAUAAAAUAUAGUCUUAAAAAAUUCUGUUGAGAUUGACCAGAGAAUAUUAAGGAUUGACUUACAAAAACCAAAAUACUAUUGCCAUUGAGUUUUCAAAUUUCAUGUAACAAUCUCGAAAUUUGCUCAUAAAUUCAAAACAAUUAAAAAUCGCUAAAAAAACUUA